GUCCCGUGACAUGCCGAUGCAGAGGGGGGUGUGGUGUUACCACGCAGAGGUUUUAUAGACAGGAGCUGCACACACAACGUCUAUCACAGUUCAGCAUCAGCACACACAGAUUGUACACCUGAAGAACAAGAGGAUGGAGGCAGCAUACAAGCAAGUGAAUGGAAACUACGGGCAGGAGGGAGAGACAGAGGACCCGGGCACAGGCACGAGGCGAAGAAGGGGCUCCAUGUACCUGGAGGAGGAGACCAACAAGUCCGAAGUCAUCUCCUGCAUCUUCUCCCUGAAAGAGGAGGUCGGAGCUUUGGCCAGAGGCCUGCGGCUCUUCGAGGAGAAGGGCAUCAACCUGACGCACAUCGAGUCUCGUCCGUCGCGGAUGAACAAAGAGCAGUACGAGUUCUUCAUCAGCGUGGACACCACCUGCUCCCAGGCCCUGGAUGAGGUCAUCGAAAGCCUGCGGACGCAAAUCAGCGGACACGUGCAACAGCUGUCACGCAAUAAAGAGAAGGACACAGUGCCAUGGUUCCCUAAUGACAUCCAGGACUUGGAUCGUUUUGCCAACCAGAUCCUCAGUUAUGGCUCUGAGCUGGAUUCUGAUCACCCGGGUUUCACAGAUCCAGUGUACAGAACCCGCAGGAAGGAGUUCGCUGACAUCGCCUACAACUACAGACAUGGCCAAAUCGUCCCUCGAGUGGAGUACACGGAGGACGAGAAGGCCACAUGGGGGACCGUGUUCAAGGAGCUGAAGACCCUGUACCCGACUCACGCCUGCCGCGAACACAACCGGGUGUUCCCCCUGCUGGAGAAGUACUGCGGCUACAGGCAGGACAACAUCCCGCAGCUGGAGGACGUGUCCCGCUUCCUGCAGUCGUGCACGGGCUUCCGGCUGCGCCCGGUGGCCGGCCUGCUCUCCUCCAGGGACUUCCUGGCUGGACUCGCCUUCCGUGUCUUUCAUUCCACGCAGUACAUUCGCCACAGCUCAAAGCCCACGUACACGCCUGAGCCGGACAUCUGCCACGAGCUCCUGGGACACGUUCCUCUGUUUGCUGACUCCAGUUUUGCCCAAUUCUCACAGGAAAUCGGUCUCGCCUCCCUCGGUGCCCCCGAUGAGUUCAUUGAGAAGCUUGCUACUGUGUACUGGUUCACUGUGGAGUUUGGUCUGUGUAAGCAGGGCUCGGAGAUCAAAGCUUACGGCGCUGGACUGCUUUCAUCGUUUGGAGAGCUGCAGUACUGCUUGACAGACGAGCCCAAAAUCCUGCCCUUUGACCCCGCCAAGACCAGCCUCCAGAAAUAUCCAAUCACAGAGUACCAGCCUGUUUACUUUGUUGCCGACAGCUUUGAGGACGCCAAAGAGAAAGUGAGGAAGUUUGCAGCCACCAUCCCCCGGCCUUUCACUGUGCGGUACAAUCCCUACACCCAGAGUAUUGAAGUGCUGGACAACACCCAGCAGCUCAGGAACCUGGCCGACAGCAUCAGCAGUGAAAUGGGGAAACUGUGUGAAGCCCUGCGGAAACUGGAAUAACUGCACGAGCGCUCUGAGCCGAAGCUCCCCGAGGAUCCUCGUGCGUUGCUUCGGGUUCUGCUUUGCACGCCUGCAAGUUACUUCUAUUAAAACAAAUAUGCAAGUCAAAUAAUGGCGAUAUUCAUGUAAUCCAAUUAGUAUUUUAGCUAUGAAGUGUAGCUUCUUUCUUAUGUAGGAUGAUAAUGAAUGUGCAGCUCAACAUGUUACUGUCAGUAUCACUACACCUUUACUGUAAAGACUUGUUUUUCAAAAGAGUUUUGUCAAUGAUUAUUCCUUUAGUGGAUUUCAUUCCUAAUAUUAUGUAAAAACAGCAUCAUUUUUCUACGCAUUUCAAAGCGAGCAUAUUGGCAGAUAUGUUGUCUUUAGCUUCAUCUUCGCUCGGCUAAAUUCAAUGUUUUUCUAAAUGCAUGAAACGUUGUAAUGAAACAAAUAAAUAUUUCUCUUCUG